AUGGCGGGACCUCGGCCGGACCCCGAGCUGGCCCGGCAGCUCUUCUUCGAGGGCGCGACCGUGGUGGUGCUGGACGUGCCCGAGGGCACCGAGUUCGGCAUCGACUACAGCGCGUGGGCCGUGGGGCCGCGGUUCCGCGGCGUGAAGAUGGUGCCGCCGGGGCUGCACUUUGUGCACUGCAGCGCGGCCGGCGCCGGCGGGCGGGACGCGGGGCCGCGCUCCGGCCGCUUCCUCAGCCUGCGGCGCCGAGAGGUGCGGGUGCUGCGCUGGGACCCCGCGGGCGAGGCCGUGCGGCCCGAGCCCCCCGAGCAGGGCGAGGCGCUGCGGGACCGCCUGCGGGAGCUGGACCCCUUCCUGGGGCCCUACCCCUACGAGACGCUGAAGAAGUGGGUGUCGCUGAGUAACUUCAUCAGCGAGGCGGCGGCCGAGGAGCUGCAGCCCGAGAGCGGCCAGAUCUGCGCGUUCGCCGAGGUGCUGCCCGAGGCGGCGGGGCGGCACACGCGGGACCGCGCCGGGCAGCGCCGGCCGCCGCUGGACGCCGAGUGCCGCAGCUACGCCGAGGGCCUGGCCCGGCUGCCCCGCAUGCGGCCCCGGGCCGGCACCCAGAUCCGCUUCUCCGAGCUGCCCCGGCAGGCCUUCCCCGCCGGGGCCAGCCCCGAGGAGAUCACCCGGCACAGCAUGGACCUGAGCUACGCUCUGCAGCGGGUGAUGGAGCAGCGCUACCCCGGCCGGCCGCUGGGCCUGCUCGCUGAGUUGCAAUUUGCCUUCAUCUGCUUCCUGAUUGGGAAUGUGUACGAUGCCUUUGAGCACUGGAAAAGACUCCUGAACAUCCUGUGCCGCUCAGAGGAGGCCAUAGGGAAGUACCAGGACCUUUACAUCAACCUCAUUUCUGUGCUGUACCAUCAGCUCAACGAAAUCCCAGCAGAUUUUUUUGUGGACAUUGUCUCCCAAGACAACUUUUUAACCAGCACCUUACAGGUGUUGUUCUCCUGCAUGUGCAGCUCUGCUGUGGAUGAGACUCUGAGGAAAAAGGCUGAGAAGUUCAAGGCUCACCUGACAAAGAAAUUCAAGUGGGACUUCGAGGCAGAGCCUGAUGACUGUGCCCCUGUGGUGGUCCAGCUGCCUGAGGGCGUGCAGGUGGACUGAGCCAAAGGCCUCCUUAGGAGUAAACAGCUUCUAAAAUGAACUUUCCUCCUGUUCUCCAGCCUUGCCAGCUUCUUACAGGCUGUUUCUGAAGCUGAUCCUCUUUCUGCUGGAGAAGCAGAUGUGGUAAACCCAGGUGGAUGCUGAGCUUUGUGAGGAGACCAGAGGUGUUGGAGGAGUUUGAGUGUUGCCACGUGACUGCUUUGGACACCUUGGAGUUUUCCCAGCCUUUCUGCAGCAUCUCGUCCUAGAACACAAACCACAUACAAAGUCACAGAAUCAUUAAAGUUGCAAAAAUUUGGUAUCAUAGAGUUCAACUCUAAACCUAACACUGCCACAAUCCUCCUGCACUCAGCUGCCCUCUGCAUCCCUGCUCCCCUGUCCUGCUGGGCUGGAGCUGAUGCCCUGCUUGGAGAGCACCUGUGGUUCAGAGCUGUAAAGCCCAUGGGUUUUGGCAGCCCAGACCAGGCUGUGAGCUGAAGUUCAGCUUUUCCUGGGUUCAUGUUGCAGUGGUCUAUCCAUGACUGUUGCACUGCUGUGUUGGGUGCUCACUGUGAUUUAAAUGUUGGGGAGGUGGCUCAAAGCCACAGCAAAAUUCCUCCAAUUUCAUACACCCAAUACCUCAGUGUCUCAUUCCUGUUCCUCCCAUUGUAUUAGACCCUUUUGUAUUUACUGCUGACACUGUUUUGCCUGGUAUAAAAGAAAGUGAAUACUUUGGUGACAGGAAAUAGUUACGGGACUGUAGUCGCCCAGGUGUUAAAAAACAGAGCCAGCAUGAGAUACAGGAUCAGAUUUCUACAUGAACUGGAUCCUCGGUUUUGUUAUAGUUGAAAAUCCUAUGUUUUUGCUCAAAAACAGUGACUGAUUAACAGUUUGUAAUGGUCAGGUUCCCGUGAUGAGCUGCACUUUUAGCAGCUGAGAAAAGAGAAUAUAAUUGUACUUCCA